ACCAGAGGGUUAACAAGAAGACAGAACCGGCGGGUGGAUAAGCAUUUCCAUUUAACAUACUUGGAAGGGGAGAGGGUGUAAAUGGUUAGUUCUGCUUGAAUAGAGUAGGUGGCAAAAGCAUAAGAUGAUGCUGAGUUAUCUUUCCACAAAGAAAAUGGUGAAGCUGAAUCUUACAGUUCUUUGGGGUUUGUAGCUUGUAAAAGUUUUUCAGGAGAUAAAUGACAUGUAAAAAGAAUUUAGAAUAACCAAAUAUAUUUGGCAUAAUAAAACUAAUUUAAGAUCUUUAAAAAUAAAAAAAAAGUUUCUCAUAGUGGGGGAAAAAAACAACACCAAUAAAAAAAACCCUACACCAAAAGGCCUUUGGAAGUAUUAAAGAUUUUUAUCAGAAUGUGCAUUUAGGUUUUCUUCUGUAUUAACAUAGUUGCUUUGCUUUUCUAAUUUGUAUUUCAGUUCUUUGUACGUUCAACGCCUCAAAACAAUAUGUGACACAUUCUGUGGGCAUUAUUUAAUGCCCGAUACAGUAAUAUUGGUGUCACUUGGGUAGCUGUUUUUAAAACUACUGAAUUGAGUCGGCAGAUUGUGCUUGAUAAUCCCUGAACUGCUCAGUCCUGUAGUGCAACGUAGCGUUUUGCUGACUUAGAAGCCUGGAUCUGCAGGUGGUACACCAUGUUUGCGUGACUUUAGGUGUGGUCUUUUAGCUCAUGUACUUAAUAUUUCUAAUCUGGGACAUGAUACCCUCUCAAUGGUGCUGUGUAAUGCUUCCACACAUGAAGCAUGGCAUGGCAUUUCUGCGCUCUGUCCUCAGGAUAUUUGAGUCAUUUAAGCCCUGGAGAACAUGCUUCAGCUUUCUGCACCUGGAUCUGAUACAACUGAAAAGGAACUGACAACAGCUUUGGAGAAGAAUCCAGAUGAUGCCGAAUGUUACUGUCAACGAGCUUAUGCUCAUAUCCUUCUACAGAAAUAUGCUGAUGCAGUUGCAGAUGCAAAGAAGUCCCUACAACUCAACCCCAGUAAUGCUGUAGCUCUCCUUAGAAAAGGGUUAGGUGAAUAUCAUAUCAAAAACUACGCAUCUGCUUUAGAGUCUUUCAGAGAGGGACAGAGGUUGGACAAUGUAGAUGAUACCUUUACUGUUUGGAUUAAAAGAUGUGAAGAAACACUAAACGCAUCACAGACAGAAAUGAAUACACAGCAGCAACCUCUGCCACCAAAGAUCAAAUAUGACUGGUACCAAACAGAAUCUCAAGUCAUUGUGACAAUAAUGAUCAAGAACGCGCAGAAGGAUAACGUCAGUGUGCAGUUCUCAGAGAAAGAGAUGAAUGCAUCAGUGAGACUUCCAUCAGGUGAAGACUACAACUUAAAGCUUGUUCUUCUCCAUUCUAUAGUGCCAGAGCAAAGUACAUUUAAAGUGCUUUCAACAAAGAUUGAGAUAAAGAUGAAGAAGCCAGAGGCUGUAAGAUGGGAGAAGCUGGAGGGGCAGGGAGAUUCUCCUAAGUUAAAGCAAUUUACACCAGAUACCCAGCACUUAUAUCCAUCAUCCUCUCACUAUACGAGGAACUGGGACAAACUGGUAGUUGAAAUCAAAGAAGAGGAGAAGAAUGAGAAGUUAGAAGGAGAUGCUGCUUUAAAUAAACUCUUCCAGCAAAUUUAUUCAGAUGGUACAGAUGAAGUGAAACGUGCCAUGAACAAAUCGUUUAUGGAGUCUGGAGGCACAGUUCUGAGCACCAACUGGUCUGAUGUUGGUAAAAGGAAGGUUGAAGUAAAUCCUCCUGAUGACAUGGAAUGGAAAAAAUUCUAAUCCUGUUUUUAAUCUUUUACCAUCUCUGUGUUGCCAUAGUCAUGUACUGACCACUGUGUGUGGACAUAGCGUUCUUGGAUUCAAAGCACUGAAUGUUCCCUUGGAAACAGGAAUUGUCUUUGCAUUUUGCGUGCUUUAGGAAUUCCUUCAUCUGCAGAUGUUAAAGAUAUACUCAAGAGUUGGAACCCUGUUUUCAUCAUCUCUGUCUAAUUUUUGGAAAUUGAGUCAAUCACAGUCUAAAUUUUCUACCGCCUUUAUCAGCUCUGCUCUCUGGGGAUGGGAUGAUCUCUCAUGGGCUGGUCAGGAUUUAUUGCCUUACGCCCAAUAUUUCUGUUCAAUAACUUAUUAGAUCUUGGCAACUUUGGGUAAAAACACUUUUCAACAACAGUGUUAAAAUUGUUUGCUCUUUAACUCUGCUAAAUAAAAGUGUAAAUAUAACUUUUUCUA